AUGAAGCAAAAGCUUUCCGUGAAGCCGCAUCCGCAUCAACCACCAAUCUCAGUCACCCUAACAGACGAGGCUGACGUGGCAAACGAAUGGGUCCAAUCCUUCGCCGGGUGGGACGUGACGUCAGGCCACCAGCACCGGAUCAUGCUCGGCAUGGACAUCAAAUGUCAACCAAUCAGACAGCGAGGCCGGGAAGGCAGCGUGGCGCUAGUCCAGCUCAGCAACAGCUCCCACUGCCUGAUUCUCCAAAUGCUCUACAUCGAUCGAAUGCCUGAAGAGGUCGCGGAGUUGCUCGAAAACCCCGACGUGCCGAUCGGCGGGUGCGGGAUCGAGGCCGCGGCGAAACUGCUCGAAUCCGACUACGGGUUACCAUGUAACGGGCUCGUGGAGCUGGGACAGCUCGCGGCGAAGAUCUACCACAACAAGCGGUGGCGACAAGCAGAUCUAGACGAAAUGAAUUACCAGCUGGUGGGGACGCCGGUGAUGAAGCCAAGGCGAGUGGGACCGGCGGAGUGGUGGCGUCAGGGGCUCGGGCGACCGGGAAAGCCGUUCGGCCGUCGCACGGGAGAGCGGGUGUUUGAGAGAGAGAGGAGAGAGGCGCGGGGGUCAGGAGAGAGGCGCGGGGGUCAGGAGAGAGGCGCGGGGGUCAGGGGAGAGGCGCGGGGGUCAGGGGAGAGGCGCGGGGGUCAGGGGAGAGGCGCGGGGGUCAGGGGAGAGGCGCGGGGGUCAGGGGAGAGGCGCGGGGGUGUUGAUGUCAGUAUGCAGCCUGCAUUGGCACCGGGUACCCCAGCAGCCUGCAUUGGCACCGGGUACCCCAGCAGCCUGCAUUGGCACCGGGUACCCCAGCAGCCUGCAUUGGCACCGGGUACCCCAGCAGCCUGCAUUGGCACCGGGUACCCCAGCAGCCUGCAUUGGCACCGGGUACCCCAGCAGCCUGCAUUGGCACCGGGUACCCCAGCAGCCUGCAUUGGCACCGGGUACCCCAGCAGCCUGCAUUGGCACCGGGUACCCCAGCAGCCUGCAUUGGCACCGGGUACCCCAGCAGCCUGCAUUGGCACCGGGUACCCCAGCAGCCUGCAUUGGCACCGGGUACCCCAGCAGCCUGCAUUGGCACCGGGUACCCCAGCAGCCUGCAUUGGCACCGGGUACCCCAGCAGCCUGCAUUGGCACCGGGUACCCCAGCAGCCUGCAUUGGCACCGGGUACCCCAGCAGCCUGCAUUGGCACCGGGUACCCCAGCAGCCUGCAUUGGCACCGGGUACCCCAGCAGCCUGCAUUGGCACCGGGUACCCCAGCAGCCUGCAUUGGCACCGGGUACCCCAGCAGCCUGCAUUGGCACCGGGUACCCCAGCAGCCUGCAUUGGCACCGGGUACCCCAGCAGCCUGCAUUGGCACCGGGUACCCCAGCAGCCUGCAUUGGCACCGGGUACCCCAGCAGCCUGCAUUGGCACCGGGUACCCCAGCAGCCUGCAUUGGCACCGGGUACCCCAGCAGCCUGCAUUGGCACCGGGUACCCCAGCAGCCUGCAUUGGCACCGGGUACCCCAGCAGCCUGCAUUGGCACCGGGUACCCCAGCAGCCUGCAUUGGCACCGGGUACCCCAGCAGCCUGCAUUGGCACCGGGUACCCCAGCAGCCUGCAUUGGCACCGGGUACCCCAGCAGCCUGCAUUGGCACCGGGUACCCCAGCAGCCUGCAUUGGCACCGGGUACCCCAGCAGCCUGCAUUGGCACCGGGUACCCCAGCAGCCUGCAUUGGCACCGGGUACCCCAGCAGCCUGCAUUGGCACCGGGUACCCCAGCAGCCUGCAUUGGCACCGGGUACCCCAGCAGCCUGCAUUGGCACCGGGUACCCCAGCAGCCUGCAUUGGCACCGGGUACCCCAGCAGCCUGCAUUGGCACCGGGUACCCCAGCAGCCUGCUUGGCACCGGGUACCCCAGCCCAGCAGCUGCAUUGGCACCGGUACCCAGCAGCGUCUGUGCCGCCGCCACAUGUCUGGCUGUUGCGAUUCACCAUGUGAUGGGGCGAGUGGGUGGUGUUGGGGUGGGGUGUGGAAAAAAGGGGGGAGGGAAUAUGGGGCCACGUCUGUGCCGCUGCACCUCUUCAUAG